UCCUAUACAUAAAUCUCGAUUCAUUUCAUCUCUUGCAUGUGAGAAAAGCAUAUACACAGAGAAGGCGUAUAUACACAAAGAAAAAAGACAUCAGAUCCUAAAAUGGGUUGGUCCGAAUCGGAUUACAGGUGCAAGAAGCACCCGAAACAUACACAAUCUCCCGGUGUAUGUUCCUCCUGCCUUAGAGAAAGGCUCUCUCAGCUUUCCUCAUCAAACGCCAUCCUCACCACAACUCCUUUCACUUCUUCCUCUUUCUCUUCCUAUUCUUCUGCUUAUGCUUCUUCUUAUUCUUCUCCGGCCCACCUUUGGAUGUCUCACAACGAGGGGGGCUUCGGAAGGAGCCGAUCGAUGGUGCAUGUUGCCCGGGAACUACCGGGAGAUGUUGUAUCAGCCGUUGAAAAGAAGAAAAAGGGAGGUUUCUGGUCGAAGCUGCUUCGGCCCGUUAGUAGCAAGAGAAGAAAGGAGGUCCUUUCGCACUCCAAGACGAUGAGGGAAGUUGCUACCAUUUGGGUCCGUACACGUAAGUAAAAGGGUGUUUUUGUAAUUUCAUAUACGAUGUUACACGGUUGUUUUGGUGUAUACGAUAUGAAAGGAGAAGAAUAGAGACUUUUUUUUUUUGUUGUAUAGAUAAAUGAUAUGAUGCGUUACCUGCAUCUUUCGCACAGUA